AUGUCGACGACUCUCCACCGCAACCCCCCCUUCCGCGCGGAGCAUCUCGGGUCGCUGAAACGCCCACAAUCGCUACUCGACGCACGCUACAGGGACAACAAAUCCGACAAUGAGCUCCAACCCCUCGAAGACGCUGCAAUCAAAGAAAUAGUGCAGACACAGCAAUCUCUAGGAUACCGCGCGCUAUCCGAUGGCGAGUACCGCAGACACAUGUUCUGGGGAACAUUCUGGCCCUCGCUAGACGGCAUGCAAGAAGUUUCCAACCCACCUCUUUCCACGUUCAGAACGUACAUCCCAGACAUCGCCGCGUUCCUCGAAACAGGGCACAAACCAGGUGAAAGCGUGUACUGCGUUGGGAAGAUCAGACAUACGGGUGUCAGCACAUAUCUCGCGCAGUUUGAGUACUUGAAGACACUGGUGGACAAGAGUCGCUGGGGGGAGAUCAAAGUGACAAUCACGGCGCCGAAUUGGUAUCACUUGAGAUAUGUGGAGGGGAAAGCGUAUCCGAGGGAUGUGUAUGAGAACGAUGGAGAGUAUUUUGAGGAUAUUGCCAGGGCGUAUCAGGUUGAGCUGGGGAUCUUGUAUGAGGCGGGGUUGAGGAAUGUGCAGUUUGAUGAUCCGAAUCUGGCUUAUUUUUGCUCGGAGAAAAUGCUAUCAGGCUGGAAAACCGAUCCCAACAACACCACAACAGCCGACGAACUCCUCACAAACUACAUCUCGCUGUACAAUAACUGCAUCAGCGCCGCCCCCGCAGACAUGCAUAUGGGAAUUCACCUCUGCAGAGGCAACUUCGUAAACUCACGACACUUUAGCGAGGGAGGGUAUGAUCGGAUCGCGGUGCAGCUCUUUACCAAACUCAACAUGCACACGUACUACCUCGAAUACGACACGCCGCGUGCCGGCGGAUUCGAGCCGCUGGCACACCUGCCCAAGCAUAAGAAUGUGGUUUUGGGGGUUGUGACGAGUAAGUUUCCCGAGUUGGAGGAUAAGGAGGAGAUGAAAAGAAGGGUGUUCCAGGCUGCGGAUGUUAUGGCGAAAGGGCAGGGGGAGAGUAGGGAGGAAGCGUUGAAGAGGGUUGGUGUUAGUCCGCAGUGUGGGUUUGCGAGUCAUGCGGAGGGGAAUUUGAUCGAUAUUGAGGGGAUGAAGAAGAAGUUGGCAUUGGUAAGAGAGAUCGCUGAUGAGGUGUGGCCAGGGGAGCCCUAG